CGACAUCUAUGGCAGCGAGGAACUCAAUCGCCACUGCAGGUCUGUUGUGGUCCGAGGAUUUGAUUUAGAAUUUCUAUUAUGCUUAGAUUAUACGCCUGAUACCAGCAGAUCCCGUGUUAGCAUGAUGGAUGCCCUUGUCGCGGCUGAGAGCGUCCUCGAUGAGAGUGCUCCAAGUAAGGCCGGUCAGGUAGAGGAGCCCGCCAAAUCCGAAAAACAAGCCCAGGAAGAAAACAAGUUCCAGCAAGCUAUUGCAGUAUGGAGAGGCAUCGACCUCUCGAGCCUAGUGCCAAAGCUUGAUACUACAGCGUCGGACAUCAUAGCUCACCAGCGCGACUCUCUUGUGCAACGAAAAGAUUUGGCUCAGAAAACCAAGGAUUUUCGAAGACUCGACGAUGCUACGAAACUCGCGGAAUAUAAAGGAUUGCUGAAAUCAUACCAAACGUUCAUCGACCUCCUUACCAACCAUGGCAAGGCUUCCUCGUCAGCAUUUUUGCAGCUUUACUCCGCAUUAUCAGAAGCCCCCGACCCAUACCCACUCCUUGAAGCAUCCGUUGAUUCCCUAGUCGUUUCCGAAGAUACUGUCCCCAAGUUGAACUCCGAAAUAGACUUUUUGCGAAAGAGCACAAAUCGCCUCACUUCUCAAUUGGAGGAGUCAGAAAAGAAGUUGGAGGAAGAACGAUCACUCCGGCGCAAGGUUGAGGAAAACCAGGAUGCAAAGAUUCAGGAGGUUGAGGCGUCAUGGACCGCGGUACUGGCUGAGAAGACCAGCAAUUGGGAAGCUAAGGAGAAGAAUUAUGAGGAAAAGGCAGAAAACCACGAACGUCUGCUCAAGGAAAUCAAGGCAAGCUACGAAGUAAAUCAAAGAUUGGACCGAGCAGAUGGUGAGGACACAUCAAGGAGUGCCGCAACCGCAGCGGAGCUUGAAAUCGUUGCUUCGGAGCUGGAGAAGACUAGUGAGCGAUUGGCAGAGGUCGAGGCUCGAAACGAACAGCUGAGCUUAGAGCUCGCGCAGGCUGUAUCUCAUUCCCAGUCAGAGAACAAACACCGCACCCUGGAGGACGACCCUUCAUUUUUACGCUUGCAAGCUGAAAAUUCUUCCCUUUUACGAAAACUCGACGCUGCCCGCUACGAAAAGGAUGCAGACAAGCAUUCAUGGGAAGGCAAACUCCGCCAGAUAGAGCGACAAAACAAUAAGAUAACCGCUGAACGGGAUGAAAUAAAAUCCAAAUUGGAUAAAUGGUCAGACUAUGAAGAUAUUCGGCGGGAACUCGAAGCUAUCAAGUCCAUAGAGUUUUCUACUGCGGAUGAUGAUGAUGAUGAUAAGGACGUGAUGGAUGAUACAAACUCGACUGCUCCUAAUGAGUCCGGCAAAUCAAAAGAAAGCUCGUUGGAGCAGCUCUUGUUAACUAGGAAUAAGAAGCUUUCGAAUGAGCUGACGAUUUUGAGAGUCUCGCAUCAAGAUUUGCAAAAUCAACUAGAAGCUCUGCGGGAGGAUCUGUCCAAAACGAGUGCAGAUCUACAAAAAUCGCAGAAUUUGGCCGCUACCCUAGAAAAUGACCUUCUGCAGAUGCAAAGAGAGGCACCAAGUUUUCCGUCUGCUGCCAUGUCAGUUGCAGGCACCUAUGCUUCCAGAUACCCCCAUUCCUCCCGUAGGGGUAGGGCUCCCUCACCCACUUCCUCAAUCAUAUCCGGUUUCGACCAUGCAAACGCGUCCGCAAACACAAUGGAAGCCAUCAGAGCCGGUGAAGCUGUAGGUGGCGGCUCAGGAAUCCUACCAAUGGUCCAAGCCCAACGAGACCGAUUCAAACAAAAGAACAACGAGCUCGAAGAGGAGUUAUCUAAGACAUACGCAAUCGUCAAAUCCCUCCGGCAGGAAGUCGCUUCUCUCCAAAAGGAUAACCUUAACCUGUACGAGAAGACGCGCUAUGUCUCCACAUACAAUCGCGGCGGCCAAAGCUCCACGUCAUCUGCAUCAGCCUACGGCAACAACCCAAAGGCGACCUCCAUCCAUCCGUCUGCGGAUUCCGCCUCCGGCCUCUCCGUUGACCGGUACCAGUCCGCCUACGAGGCGCAAAUAUCGCCCUUCGCCGCCUUCCGUGGCCGAGAGUCAGCCCGUGCUUACCGACGCAUGAGCGUGCCGGAGCGCAUCAUAUUCUCUGUCACCCGGAUGGUUCUUGCGAAUCGCACAAGCAGGAACCUGUUCGCGGGAUAUUGUGUGGCGUUGCAUAUUCUUUUGUUUGUCAUGUUGUAUAUAAUGAGCACGUCGGAGAUUGAGAGGCAGACUGCGAGCGCAGCGUUGGGUUCGCUUGGUGGAGCUGCCAUGGCAGGGUCAGCGGGCGUUGGCAGUAGUGGUGCUGGUACAGGUAAUGGUGCGGGAGGCAGCCCUGCUAGUGGCGACUGGCAGCAGGACAAGUUCAACAACCCUGCGUACUAACUCCAUCCGACAUUGGUAGGAAGGUUUUUUGCGCAAUGUCAAUAGUAUAUGUAUUGUACGGGAUAUCUCCCCGUAUUACUAUAUCAUGUCUUUAUUACGAGGUUUUGUCUUUUUUUUUAAAAAAAAAAGUUCUAUGCCUAUUUGUAUGCCUAUUGCAUUUUUGUUAUUGCUCAGGAAGUAAUUAUAUGUUCCAUCGAUUUCCCCUUUCCCAUCUGAGACAUGUUUUAUACCUCGUCCCCAAUUUCCUAUCGCGAUGUACUUGUACCAUGAACAGAAACUCAUUGACUCUUAAUGCAAUUUGGUUUCGCCUGUCCAGGGAUGCUCUCGAUGAUUCGACCUCAAACAACUGCGCUCCUAGAUCUAGGCCUUGAUCCUUUGCUAGGAAACUAACGGAAGGAGUCAUGCUCUGCCUCUCAAAUUCCACGGUAUGGUGUACAUGUGCCUACGAAGAUUCAUCCUUCACUUAGUUUGAUGGUCCAUCGCAUUAGCAUUACUACUCCAAGAAAUUGUUUCUGGGCAGUAUAUCGAUUCGGCCGACUAUAACGAAUCCGAUAUGAAAAUUUUCUCUCAGUUGUAAGAUCCUCAUGUUCUGAUGUAUGAUAUUUCGUCGUUACAUCAGGAAACUAGAACGAACCCACCCAUCUGGGCUGAAAUAUUGCAUCCUUAGCAACACCAAAUAUUGGUUUACUUCGCAGAAUGAUGGAGCUGUGAAGUGUAGGGGCUAAAUGGAUCACCAUAAUAGUAUUCGUAGCUGAGAAUAGUAAGGAAUAGUGAAAGAAAUGAACAGAGUCAAGUAUAACAAAGUAAAUAGGACAACUCCGAGAAACUCCCUGAUGCACA